AUGUAACAUACUAAAAAUAAAGGAAAAAAGUGCUAUUCAUUUUCUAAAGCAAAACGUUUUUCAUAAGCAACAACAACGUACUAAUAUUAAUUUAUUAAUAUAGUUAUCUAACAGCAAAUUAUAAUAUAAAUAGAAGCUUAAAUAAUAGAGCUCAUUCAAUAGGUAGAGGUCCUCGAUCAGAUUUUACUAAAUCUUCUAGUAAUGCUCCUCCUCCAACAAAAUAUAUGAUUACAAGUCUCUUUAAUUUUCCUAAAGAGAAAGGAAUUUCAUUUGGAAUUUCAAGAGAGGUUAACAUUUAAUUAUUAUACAUUAUUAGAAAACCAAGGAAUUAGGAUACAUAACUUAAGGAAUUCAAAGAAAUCCUGGAGUAGGCAAUUAUAAUUGUUCUUAUUGUUAUGAUCCUAAAAUAUAAUAUACAAUGCGACCAAAAACUUAAUCAAACUGGUUACCAAGUAUUUAAUUAUUAGAGGAAUAGAUUUCUUAUAAGAGUAAAGUUUGGAUUGCAAUCCUGGACCAGGUAAAUAUGAUUCAACAGAUGUUGAUUAAAUGGGUUAGACUAUUUAUUCUAGAUAUAAAAGUUCAAGAUGCUAUAAAAUAGGCAAAUAAGAAAGAUUUUUAAAAAUAAGUAGUUUAGAAAUUAAUUUAGGAUAGAGUAGUCCAGGUCCAAAUACUUAUAAUUAAACUGAUGGUUUAAAUGAUUCAGGAUUAUAUUAUGAAUCAAGACAUAGAGGAUAAGGAAAAAGAAUUAUUUGUAAAGAACCAAGAAGAAGCUUUAUUGAUCAAAUCUAUUAAAAGGGUACUGCAUAUGAUAAAAAAUUCUUAAAUUACUCAAAUCGUGUUUUAGAUUCUCAAACUAAUUUAUAUGAAUCAGAUUUUUGA